GUUCCCUCACACACACACAGAGGUCCUCCCACACACACUCCUCUGCGUCUCUCUCUAGAGGUGUGCGGCUGACGAGGAUGAAGGAGUGUCUGCAGUUCCUUAGAGAACCAGUGAAGAACUUGAAGAUCUGCUUGAAGGAGUCACGCUGGAGAGGAACCACAGAGAAACGACAAACACUGAACGAGAACCAGAUCUUCAUCAUGGAGCUCGCAAGAGAACUGAGCUGGAUCUGUCAGAGUGCAGGAAUUUUAUCUCGGAUAUGGAGAGGAGAUGAUGUUUGGUCUGCAGCAGUUUGUCAUGAGUUCGUCACAGAGACGGUGUUUAUCCUGCAGAUGAAGGAGCGAACUAUGACAAGGAAGCAAGAGUGUGAGGACGAGCUGCAGUGCGUGUUAAACACUGAUGAGAACGAGCUAAAGAGAGAAAUUAUGGACUGGACACACACAAAGGAACAAACACCGUAUGGUGUGUGUGUGGGUGAGGUGGUGAUGAAGGUGUUAGAUGAUUUGGAGCUGCAGUGGAAUAAAGGACGGAUCUCUCAUCUUCAGUCUGCAUUGGAGCUACUCAUCUGGAUCACACACGCUGAACAUCUGAACAAGGAGCUCGUUCCUUCUUUGUGGCUCAGAAACAAACAGAAUCUUCAUAGCAUCAAUGCUGUUCAAUAUAUUCCACAUGCUGUGUGGAAGUGGAUUUGUGAUGCUGCAGUUGAAGUGACGUUUGACCCUGAGACGGCUCACCCUGCCCUGCUUGUGUCUGAGGACCGGAAGCGUCUGCUCUGCGUUCCUGAGGUCACUUCCCGCCUGGCCACGCCCCACCAGCGACGCUUUACCGGCUGGUUUUGUGUCCUAGGUUCAGAGCGACUCUCAUCUGGGCGGAGUUACUGGGAGGUGGAGCUUGGUGAGCGUGAUUGGCGAGUGGGCGUGGCCAAAGAGUCGGCUGUUCUAAACAGCUACAGCUUUCUGAACACUCGGAGCGGCUUCUACACGCUGCGUCUGGAGCGCGGGAGCGAGAUGAAGGCUCUGACCAUCCCCACCACGCCCCUUCCCUACAGGCCACGCCCACCUCGGCGGAUUGGCGUGUGUGUGGACUAUGAGGAGGGACAGAUCUCUUUUUAUGACGCAGAGACACACACACACGUUUACACGUACUGUGAGACGCUGACGGAGCCGGUGUACCCCGUGUUCGGCACUAACGAGAUCCUCACACACAUGCAGAUACGACCUCCACAGGUGUGUCAGGGGGUGUGUCCCUUCUGCUGAGCUCUCUCACACACACACACACACACACACAAUUUUAAAUCAAUAUGCAUACAUUAGAAAAAUUGCUAGGUCUCUGAUCUCUGAUGUCACAGGUUAUGGGCAUGGCUUACAUUUCAGUGGGUGUGGUUAAUAACCACUCUUAAAGCUGCAUCGCUAAUGUUAGCAUGAAAUUAAUAGAAACUAAUUUUCAAAAUGCUGCGUAGUUAUGAUGUCAUUUUUACCUUCGUCUGAUUGGCUAAACACAAUGCAGACUCAUUUGAGCGCUGAUGUUAAUUGGUGGGUGUGGAAGUGUGCGACUCCGAAAACACGAACAAGAAUCAAAUGUAACUGAUGCUGUUGCUAAACCAGAAAUAUGGUAAAUAUGAUUGUUUAUUCAGGAGAUUAGAUUUUACAGCCUGUGCACAUGCUCAGUAGCGUAUGUACUGCGCGACCCAGUGGACAUUGUGAGUACUGCAGCACAGUCUUUAUUCUGUCUUUUUUUUGUUUUGUUUUUUAUUAAAAACAUUAAAAUCAGCACUA